CUCAAUCUCGCCAUUCCCUGCGGUGCCGACUCCCGUAAGGCUGCAAAUCAUUCGCGCGGGAACAAGCCAUUUCCAUUACAGGCACACUGCCAAGCCAUUGUCGACAUGAAACGGGUGGGGAGCACAUGGACAUGAUUCUCCUACGCCCAGCUUUAUUACGCGGCCACCCAUGCGUAUGCCGGCGCAUCUUACCCGUUGCAGCCUGAAGGCCACUUAGACAGGUAAAACCCAUCGUCACUCGCUGCCACUCCUGACAACCUUUAUCAUGCCAAGCUCCGUAUCCGACUACCCGUCUUCGCAUGGGGGAACUUGCUUUUACCCUUAGCCACCAACACUUAACCUCCUGCUUGGUUCGCGUGGAGCUGUUUGAGUUGCGCUAUAGCUGCCACGGUCCCUCUUCUAUCCUCUCUCUCUUUCCCUAUAUCCGCCGCGUCCUAUACAUCCACCUAGGGCCUCACAAUUCCCUUGCUUCACUGGACUUCGUACUCGCUUGUAUGACGCCCAUACUGAAGGUCCCGCUAUCGCUCGUUCGCGCCACAGUCUCCGGGUUGAAGACGGUCGACUCUGGAGCCUCUGCUAGCACCAUGGCUACCAACACUCGACAGAACGUGACCUGGGUCGAGGGUGUUCGAGGAGUUGCUUCUUUCUGGGUCGUCGUAACACAUCUGUGUAGGGCCUGGGAUUACAGUCUCUGGUCUCCACGCGACAGCGAGGAGGCCACACCACAAUUACUCCAGCUACCUUUCCUGCGACUACCAUGGCAGGGACGAAUCGGAGUCACAAUGUUCGCUUUUCUCACCGGUUACGUAUGCGCAAUCAAACCGCUUCGACAAGCAAAGUCCGGCAACAUUCCAGCCGCUUUGACCACCCUUGGAAAAUCAGCCUUCCGCCGACCACCGCGCCUGAUCAUGCCAGCUACCAUUGCUAUGGUCAUCGCAUGGUUCUUCGCUCAAAUUGGAGCAUUCGAGGUUGCUCGCCUCAGUGACUCUCACUGGCUAAGGCGUGCUGUUCCGAUGAACAUUGGCGGCCUCGAUACCGAAAUUCCCCGUCUCUUCCGGAACUUCCAGGGUGCUUGGUCUGGUGCCAAUAACGAAUACGACGAUCACCAGUGGGCGCUACUUCCUCUGCUUCAGGGCGCUUUCCUCAUCUAUGUGCUCCUGUUUGCGACCGUUUUUAUGAAGUUCCGUAUGCGCUUGUUCACCUGCGUUGUCCUGUUCUGGUGGUACUGGAUGCGAACCAGCCCUGAGAAGGAAACUUUCGAAUGUCAAUUCCUUUACGGCGUUAUGCUCUGCGACAUUGGCUCGGAGAAGGGCUUCCGCGACUUUGUCAACAGCUACCCCAGAAUUCGCCGCGCAGUUCUCACAACUCUCAUUGUCGUUGGAUGGUACGUAGCCUGCUUUCCAGGAGAGCACUGGGAGUGGGCUAGCUGGUCUGUUCAACUGAAGAAUAUUGGUGAUUGGAUCAUCCCCGAGGGCGCUGCAAGCUACCCUAAGCGCUUCACCGCCAUCGGUUGGGACCUCAUGGUCACCGGAAUCUGGCUCUCGCCCAGCCUGCAGAGCAUGUUCUCGAACAAGCUUUUUAUGUGGGUUGGCCGCAACAGUUUCGCUGUUUAUCUUACCCAUGGAACGGUCUUGAAGGUCGGUCUGGUACGAUUGAUCUACGGAUGGUCUACCGCACCCUACCACGUCGAACAGCCUGCGAACGGUGAGGGAGAUGCUAUCGAGCACUACAUCCCACGCUCCCAGAAUUGGCUUGUUUGGGCUCUGGCCAUCCCCACGUUCUUCGUCGUCCAGUACACACUCGCCCACCUCUGGACCACGUACGUGGACUCGCAAUGUGCGAAGGCCACCAAGUGGCUCGAAGACACCAUGUUUGAGAAGGACGAGGACGAGAAGCAUGGCGUGGCAAACAUGGCAUAAAAGGCAUUUGACCUGCUGGAAUCAGGAGCAUUGCGUUUUGUUUUAUGAUGAACAUUUCUUUUGUCACUACAUCCGCGGAUACCAACACAUCGUUCUCGCAUUUUAAAGGAGUUUAUUGCGGGCACCGCCCUGGACUUACCAGGCGCACUAGGGAGGAAAGCAUUAGAAAGCUUAUGAGCGAACAGUUCGAAAAAUGGACAGGACGGCACGGGCAAGAGCAUGUCACGAUAUCAUGUGUAGAACAUGCUAAUAGCUAAUCAAAAGUAUACAAUUUCAUAUUCGCGC